AUGGUGUCUCUUGCCGCUGUUCUGGUGCUGCUGAUUCCAGUCACCUACUUCCUCUUCGCCGCAAGUACACGGAGUGGCGCAUUCAAUCACACCAGCCUACCCAUCCAGCAUGACGACAAAGGCACAUUCAUAGCCUGCCCAGAAGACCCUUCGUCGGCGCGGAAAUCAGGCUGUUCUUUCGACCUUCUUGCCAACGGUUGGAUUCCAGACCCUUGCUUUGACGCAACUAUGCACCACGACUUCGUGGAUGGCAAGGACUACGGUUUCUUCGAGGAUCGAAAUGGCGAGCACCGGGUACAUCAAAACACAGUCAUGGAAGGAGAUAACAGCAGGUACCCAGAUGGGCUCUGGGUGACCUUUGAAGAACACCACACACAUUGUCGUUACUUGGUCAACGGAUCUAUCAGAGCCGUCUCGCGACCUCAUGGAGCUUUUCUUGACGUGUAUCUGGAUAGGGAUCAUAUGAUGCAUUGCUAUGGCGUUCUCGGAGAACAUCGAAACUCUGACCAUAUUGAGACGUAUGUCAAGGCUUUUUUCGAAUCGCGCAAAUGCUACGUUCGUGAUUGA